GCUCAAAACCCGUAGUCCCUGGGGCCUGGAUUCAGAAGGCCUAAAAAAAUAGCUGUAGAUGAACAAAAAGUUGAUGCAGGGACAAAACGGGACAGCCGUAAGUUUCCAGUUUCUACAGAGUCUGAUGUGUUGAAGAACAGCAGUCGUAAAAAGUGUGGGCAAAUCCCACUUGUCGUCUGAACCUGCCCGAACUGUAAACAAAUAAGAAUAGUGAAUCUUUUACCCAUUUCGAAACUUCGAUUGAAGCUCAUCAAGAACAAGUCAAGUCCUCGCCUUCCAGUGAACAGCGGAGAAACUUUCGGCUUUUAUCUUGAGCGGGGAUUAGGUGGGAUUUUAGAGACAAAUGAGUGCCACCAGACACAGGACCAUAGCUGGUGGGGUUCACCAUGUAUUGGACUAUCUGAGACGAAUGCAAGCAGAGAAUCCUUCCUUUUUUUAUGCAAUUCAAGGUGAUAAUGACCACACUAGUGGAAACAUAUUUUGGGCAGAUGCGACAUCGAGGAUGAAUUAUACUUACUUUGGGGAUACUGUCAUAUUUGACACAAUAUAUAAGACAAAUCACUAUAGGGUGCCAUUUGCCUCAUUCACUGGACUCAACCACCAUGGGCAACCAGUGUUGUUUGGAUGUGCUUUAAUUCUCAAUGAGUCUGAGUUCUCAUUUGCAUGGUUAUUCCAAACUUGGCUUCGUGCAAUGUCUGACCGACAUCCUGUCUCUAUAACAACUGACCCUGAUCCUCUCAUACAGAUGGCUGUUUCACAGAUUCUUCCAGAAACACGCGUUCGGUUCAAUAGAUGGAGCAUUUGCAAAGAAACACAAGAGAAGCUGGCUCACAUAUACCGAUCACAUCCUACUUUUGAAACGGAAUUUAAGAAAUGUAUUAAUGAGACUGGGACAAUUAAUGAGUUUGAGUCAUCUUGGGUAUCGCUUCUAGAAAGGUACUUUGUCAUGGAUAAUGAAUGGCUUCAGUCAAUGUACAAUGCUCGGCAACAGUGGGUCCCUGUUUAUUUGCGAGGUACCUUCUUUGGGGAGUUAUCUAUAACUGAGAAAAAUGGAGGUUUAAACUCAUUCUUUGAAGGGUUUGUGAAUGCAUCAACCACCAUGCAGAUGUUGAUUAAACAGUACGAGAAAGCUGUAGCAAGUUGGCAUGAGAAAGAAUUGAAGGCAGAUUAUGACACCACUAACACUACACCAGUUCUUAAGACUCCAUCUCCCAUGGAAAAACAAGCAGCUAACCUCUAUACAAGAAGAAUAUUCAUGAAGUUCCAAGAGGAGUUGGUUGAGACCCUUGCUAAUCCUGCAACUAAAAUUGAUGACUCAGGAACUGUCACAACAUAUCGGGUCGCCAAAUUUGGGGAAGACCACAAAGCGCACACUGUUAGUUUCACUUGUUUUGAGAUGAAAGCUAGUUGCAGCUGUGAAAUGUUUGAAAUUUCUGGAAUAAUAUGCAGGCACAUAUUAGCAGUUUUCAGAGCAAAAAAUGUUCUUACACUUCCUUUGCAAUAUGUACUAAAGCGAUGGACGAGAAAUGCCAAAAGUGGGGCUGCGUUGGAGGAACGUGCUUCUGAAUUGCCAAAUAAUUCUCGGGAGUCCUUAACAGUUCGGUAUAACAGUCUACGCCAAGAAGUUAUUAAGUAUGUUGAAGAAGGGGCAAAAUCUAUUCACAUUUACAAUGUAGCAAUGGAUGCUUUGCACGAGGCACUGAAAAAGGUUGCCGCUGCAAAAAACCAAAGCCCUACCUCUGCAGAAGAUGGAGGAGCACUGAGCAAUGGAGGUAAUCAAGAGUUGCAUGCAGCUGGAGAUACUGAAACAGUGGCAUGUCAAUCAUCGGCUGAGAAGGAAAAUAAAAUUCGUGAUUUGACUAUGGAGUUGGAGAGCACAAACCAGCGAUGUGAAGUGUAUAAAGCAAAUCUACUGGCUGUUUUGAGGGAUAUGGAAGAACAGAAGUUAAAGCUGUCUGUUAAAGUUCAAAAUGCAAGGCUUAGUUUGAAAGAGUGAAUGUAAUCAGUAAAGAAAUGUUGUCAAAAUGAGUCUUUCCCGUAUCUUAGAUGAUUCGGCAAAGAUUGAUCAUUGACUGGUGGGAUUAAUUUGCUAUAAAAAAUAAUGUAGUUUAGAUUGUAUGAAAAAAAUGUUAGGUUCUUUGGAGAGCCAGAGCAGCUUUCUAGUUUCUACCUUCCACUGCAGCGAAGGCAUUACAGCAAUCAAAGUUCCGAUUUGUCAUAUGGACCAUGAGCCACAUUUGGGGGCAACUUGUUUCCUUGAGACUGAACCUGAGACUAACAACAUAAAACUAUACAUUAACUAUGCAUACCGGGCGCAAGUCAUCUCAUCUCAAUCUC